AUGUACGGCCCAGGACGCCUGCACCUGGGCAAGGCGGCGGUCGGCACGCACUUGCUGCUACUGCUGAUACUCUUCGCUGCAACAUGUCUUCCCCCUACUGGCUACGAUCUCCACCCGGUUUCGCAGCGAGGCCCGGCGUCGUUUGCGGACGAAGCCGCGAUCUUCAACUCUACAGCCACGAUCCUGACGACAGUCAACCCCUCGUGUGAGCAUGAGGCGGUCGCCGAGCUCCUGACUCCACGCGGUGGCAGCCCGACGACCAUGCUGCCUAGUUGGACAACAACUGCUGCAACCCCGGUCUCAACGCCUACUCCCGAGGAUCUUCCCGACGCACCGCCAGACCUCCCCGCCUUCCCCUUCCCUGAGUUGGGCUUAACCACGGACGACCCCGAAUUUACCUGGCUAUCACCGCUCACGCCGUACUCCUUUCCCGACGAGUUCCAGGAACGCUACGGAGGGCUACUCGCGGGCUACCGAGGCGACGACCUGUCGGAUCCAGAGGAUGACGACGUUUGCGACUUGGAUGAGCCUCAGCAGCAAGGUUAUACAGGAGGUAUGCCUUGGGUCCAGUUCUCGGAUACGUCUGCCUCAGAUCGCCUUGAAGAUACUCAAAUUGAGAUGAGGAGGAUAAAUACCGAGAGCAUGAUUAGGGAAAUUGGAAAGAGCCACACACUGCGGUCAGUAACAAUCAAAGUGCGAGUCCCUUAUGGCAUACAAUCUCUUACGCCUGCCGAAGGGCGACAGAGGUUUCUCCAAAUGCCUGAACUCGACCUUCUCAGUCGUCUUCGCGGGGUGGACCACUUGGUAGUACAGGCCCCUUUCGCACUUGGAGCGCCCGAGACUGUACGGCUGCAGCAGUGUCUGGCAAAGCCCAAAGGGAGGCGCGGCAGGGGCGAUCAGCCACAUCUCUACCCAGCUCUAGCUCUACACCCAUUGAGUAGCGACACUCUGGUGAGGAGGCCUUGGUCAGAAUUAGACUCCGAACUGGAGUCCUACGGUGAAGAUCCUGCAGAUUUCUCGACCAAGAUCUCCAAGGCAAAGAAACUGGAACGUUUGAGGCGGCUCGACUGGAAGAACCCAGAUGAACCGGACGUGCCUUGA